CAACAGGCACAAUAUAUUACAGUCUAGGGCUUGCUGCUGAAAAGCCCGCUGGAUCCUCCACUGACCUGCUGUUCUUUCCUGCUUUCCUCUCGUGUUUUUUCUUCAUUUAGAUUAAAAACAAAGCUCUCACUCACUCUCUCUGUCUCUCUCUCUCUCUCUCUCUCUCUCUCCCUCCUCCUCCCCUCCCUCCUUCUUCUCCUUCUUGUUCUCCUUCUUUUCUGCGGCAGCAGUCAGGGUAGAGGCUUCAGUGUGUCAGAGAGAGGGUGAAGAGGAGGAAACAGCAGAGAAGACAACUAUUAGACUAGCUGAGUGUGUGUUUAUGUUUGGGUGUCUCACCAUUGGACGGCCGGGUGAAGGGGCACUAGGAGAAGAGUACGAGGAAGAGGAGGAGGAGGAGGAGGAGGAGGAGGAGAGGGAAGCCUGAAGCCUGCCUGGAUGAAAUUCUCGGUGUCAUGUCACUACGUGUGGACCUUGACUGAUCACAGGGGCGAGGAAAACUGAUCACAGGGUGAGGAAAGGGGGGGGGGGGAGGCACUGAGAGGAAGACGGGGAGGUGGAGAAACUGAGACUUUGGUUUCACUGUGGGAAAAGAAGACGGAGGAGGAUGCAGGAGGGGAAGUCUGGUUUUAUCGUGACAUUGUUGGAUAAACGAACCCACGGAUUAAGCACUCUUCAGCUGUGUGUGUGAACAGGAAUUCGCCUUAUAGGAGAGAAGAGAGCGAGGAGGAAAAGACCGAAAGAGACUCCGGAAGAGUAUAGACUGCUUGUGUUCAACCCAGCUAAGGAGCAGGGACUGGACUUACAGAGAGUGUGUGUGUUGGUCUGUGAGUGUGUGUUCGUGAGGCUGUGUAACCGGUGGAGGGCAGAGGAGUGGAGGGCCAGGGGACUAACCUGGCCAUCAAACGGACUGGCAGCCUCUCCUCUCCUGGGAUCAUGUACCCUCAGGGCAGGCAUCCGGUUCCCUUACAACCCGGCCAGUCUUUCAAGUUCACAGUCCUGGAAACUCUGGACCGCAUCAAGGAGGAAUUCCAGUUCCUCCAGGCACAGUAUCACAGCCUGAAGCUGGAGUGUGAGAAGCUGGCCAGUGAGAAGACCGAGAUGCAGAGGCACUACAUCAUGUACUACGAGAUGUCCUACGGUCUCAACAUUGAGAUGCAUAAACAGGCGGAGAUUGUCAAGCGUCUCAGUGCCAUCUGCGCUCAGAUCAUCCCUUUCCUCUCUCAAGAGCACCAGCAACAGGUGGUCCAAGCCGUGGAGAGGGCCAAGCAGGUCACCAUGGCUGAACUCAACGCCAUUAUCGGGCAGCAGCAGCUCCAGCACCUGUCUCACCAUGCCCCCGGCAUCCCUCUGACGCCACACCCAUCAGGCCUCUCCCUGGGGGCGGGGGGUUCAGGGCUUCUUGCGCUGACCGGAGCCCUGGGGGUCUCGGCCCACCUUGCCUCCAAAGAUGAGCGCAACCAUCUUGAUGCUGAACAUCUCAGAGAAGGAGCACCCAGCAGGGUGAGUAGUUGUGUGUAUGUGUGUACAGUAAGUGUCGUCUACACCCACAUUUGUGUGUGUGUGUGCCUGUGUGCGCGUGUGACAGUGAUAAACUGAGGAAAAUGGAGACGGACUGUAAAGUGGCCUCUAAAAAAGGCUGUGUACUGCUGGUGCUCAGCCAGGAGUAGCCCAGCUCAGCACCAGCACAAUAGCUGCUCAGCGCUAUCAACCUUGAGCUCCUCAAGGUUCUCUGCAUCACACGAACGUCUGAGCUCACAGCCUUUCUGCUGUUCUCUGGAAGGGAGUACAAAUUGAGUGAAUGGAUGAACAAGGAACUGUUUAUUUUUCAGCACCACAAAUGUUCUGGUAAUCUACAGGACUUACAGAACAAGUGAAAGGAUUAGCACUAAGUUAAUGGCAAAUGCUGCCCAAAACACAGCAGUUUGGUGUCUGUACAAAUAAGCAACUCUUACUUCACAAUGUUUGCUUGAGUGUGCUAUGCAUCCACUAUAUAAAAUGCCAAUGACUGGAGGCCCCUUAAUGUCUGAUGUAAAAUAUAAAAACACACCAAAAUAUCACACCACUGAGAUCCAUUUGAAAAUGUGUUUCCCAACAGAACUUGCUCUGUUGUAUUGUUAGUGAAUAUUUGGUGUAGAAUUGCACAACUGCCAGUUCUUCAGGAGAGACGGGGACCACAGUAGAUGUUUUCAGAGUCCAUUUAUCGACACUAUCUUUCCAAAAACGUUUCCUAUUGAAGCCUGACUCUGUGCAUUGGUAGGUACAGUAAACGGAGAAUCAGAUGGUAUUACAGUCUUUUUUCUAUCAUGAUUGCAUGUUGCUAUCAUACAGGUUUUUACAUUAAUGUGACUUUUUAGAGGCAAGACCCCACGCAAGUUCGUUUGGCUGAACAGAUUGACUUAGUCAGUGUUCGAUUAUACAGACGAGUCUGUUAGAAGUUCACGUUCAACAGUUUGCAAAUUUAGUGUGGAGGUGAGAUUUGACAUCGAUACCGAUAUCGGGCCGAUACUGACUCAAAUAGCUUAAUCAGGUAUCGGUCUAAUCUAUUCAGAUCGAUAUACUAUAUACAUUAUGUACUGAAAAUGUAAUUCCUGUUUAAGUUUGGACCAGUUUUUCAUUAAAUAAGUUUACACUUGAAUUGUAAAUAACAGUUGAAUCCAUUGAUAUCUAAGUAUUUAUCUGUUAAAUUGUGUUUCCCAAAGUUAAGAAAGCAGUGUUAAAGUCAAGCCUGAUCUUUAAAUACACAUAAAAAUUGAUACCUGCCACUUAUGCACAGUGAGGGUUAAAGAUUAAUUUAACAUUGGUAUCAGUCAAUACCCAAAUUGCAGGUAUCAUAUUGGGAUUGGGCUUGAAAAAGUCUGAAUGGUGCAUCCCUAGAUGUGACCGUAUGGUGACUCAGGUCACACUAAUUGAUGGGGUUAAAGAAAAAAAAAAUUGAGUAAAUGCAACAUACAAUGAAACAUGAAAUGUAUACAAGUGUCCAUCUUGCCUCACAGGUUUUGCUCAUAUUUACGUCACUGUAACUAAAAGUCCCCGUUAAUCUCCUCAAUAAUUAAUGCAGUGUAAAUGGGCUGAUUGAAAUUCAGUGGACGUCUACGGCCGGUCCUAUUCUCUCUGGCUGCAGAUUGCUCCGCUUUAUAGAAACCGUGUGAACACUCACUUACUGUACUGGCUGCAAUGGACAGCUGGCCUUCAUCAGUGUAAAUGUUGAUAACACCGAGAGAGGGGGAGAGUGUUCGAGGGAGAUGGAGAGUGAAAUUGGAAAAGGAAAAAGAGAGAGAGAGACUAAAGAGGAAGAAAAAAGACCAGGGAAAAUAGGUAGGGAAAGGUUGUAAAAAAGAAUACCAGCUAGUCUUUGUUCUGGCUUUUAUUACGAAAUGAAAAUGAUUUAAGAGCGCUACUGACUUAACUUUCCCUCCCUCACUCGCUAUCCGCAAUGAAGCCCUUAGCAUAAUUUAAUUGCUAAACACAAUACUGAUUGUUAAGCACCAGGAAAAUAUUCCUCAUGUGACUUGAGGUUUGUGUUGAACUUAGCCAAGCAUUACGGCGUUUGGAAAGGAAGGGGUGGGGAGGGAGAGAGAGAAGUCAUGGGAGAGAUGCAUAUCAAUUGGCAUUUGUCAGAGAGCCCUGCACCAGUAAAACAUGUUGGAAUUUUAAAUGGAGGGGAAAAAAAGGACAGCGAGAGGAAGUCAGGGGAGGAGGAGAAAAGAAAAAAGAAGAGAGGGAAGUUUGUUGAGCCGCACUGAGGUUCAUUGUGUGGUUUCUCCUCUCCUCUUGUCCGGCGCUCCUUCCUGUCGGCCCCCGUGGGCUCCUUCCUGUGUGACUCAUUGGUGUGAUAAACCCUUACUGUUCUUGUCCCCCCCACAGGGGGAAAGAGAAUGACAAGUGGCCCUCACUGAACCUCUGGCCCCUGCCCCAACGCAAAAACAACACAAUGCUUUGAUCGACUUUUCUCAGUACCGAGCACCAGGCCUGGCUGUAUUGUAAAUAUGCCUUCACAGCUUUAUUGCCCAAUAAUGAGAGUCAUAUUUUACAUGAGGACGGGUGUGUCAAGGGGGGAGAGCACUAAUUAGCUUUAUACGCUGUCUCGUGUGCUUCUAUGGCUACGUCUUAACCUGUGCUUACGUCUGCUGUUCUUGCUGUGUGUGUGUGUGUGUGUGUGUGUGUGUGUGUGUGUGUG